UCAGGCAGCCACUCUGACGAACCCCGUUUGGCGACAGAUAAACUGGUUUUAAACUGGUUUAUUGUGGCUGUUCUCCAGUAUAAACCAGUGAGAGGUUAGCUGUUAGCUCCAGGCUGGUUAUCAGCUGCUAUUCUACAGGUUUAGAUCUUUAAAAGCUGCUGUUAGCCGUUAGCUCAGUUAGCUCCGGUUAGAGCUGAACCUUCAUUUGUCUUCAGACGGUUUAUGGACCAGAACCGGUCCAUUCACACCGUUAUCUGGCGUUUAGAACCGGAACCGAAGCUGCUGUGACCCAGAGAGAGGAGAGCCGGAGCGGAGCCGCCAUGGAGCGGGGGAAGGAGGCCCAGCUGCUGAGGAACCAGCCCUACGAUGAGAGCCUGGAGGUGGAGGAUGGAGAGGAGGUCCCCAGCCUCUACAGCCCGGCCCCCCGGGGACAGAGACAGCCAGAGGCCAGCAGGAAGCAGCUGGAGCCAGAGGGGCCAAAGCCAGGGGCCAGUCCCAGCCAGGAGGAGGAGGAGGAGGAGGAGGAGGAAGACUCUGAGGAGGAUGACACAGAUGAAGAUGAUGAUGAUGAUGAUGAUGAGACCACUGAGGCUGUAGAGGGAGCCUAUGACCCUGCAGAUUAUGCCAACCUGCCCGUUACCACGGAGAUCAAGGAGCUGUUCCAGUACAUCACCCGCUACUCUCCUCAGACCUUAGAGCUGGAGCACUGCCUCAGACCCUUCAUCCCAGACUUCAUCCCUACUGCUGGAGACAUCGACGCCUUCCUGAAGGUACAGAACCACAACACACAGACCGUGUCCGAGCAUCCACCCUCACUCCUCUAUAAGGACAUUUACACAGAACCCAAACCGUGUGCUCCCUCUCUCUCUCUGCUGCAGCUGAAGAAGGUGACCAGCGUGGCGAGCCCUCACACCAACCCGCGGGUGGUGGACAGCUGGGUGGACAGCAUCAGCGCCCUGCACCGGUCCAAACCCCCGGCCAGCGUCCAGUACGGCCGCCCCAUGCCGGACAUCGACAGCCUGAUGCAGGAGUGGCCCCCCGAGCUGGAGGAGGGGCUGGGGAGGCUGCAGCUGCCGCCAGCCCGGCUGAGCUGCGACCUGCGGCAGUACGUGGACAUCAUCUGCAGCCUGCUGGACAUCCCCGUCUACGGAAGCAGGGUCCACAGCCUGCACCUGCUCUUCAGCCUCUACCUGGAGUUCAGGGACUCCCAGCACUUCACCAGCAGGGCCUAGCAGGGACCGGGUCCUCCUCCUCUGGUGCUGGUAAAGGGUGGACCAGCAGGGACUGAACCAGAACCACCAACCUUUAGGAACCUUUGUAGCACCAGAGUUCUGCUGUGUGUUUAGAACCCGGUCAGACUGUGAUGUGUUAAAGAAAGAACCAUUAAACAGACAGAACCACAGACCCAAACGGGUCAGGGUCCGAGGCUGGAUCUGCCCAGCACCGUGUUCUGGUUCUGAACCACCCAGGAUCUCAUGUUUGAUCAUUUCUGCUGAACCAGAACCCAGACAGCAGCUGAUAAUUGCUGCCUGAAAGGAGAAACCUCAGAUUGGAUCAUUUCAGGGGAGAAAUCUCACCUGGUUACCAUAGAAACGAUAACAUAUCUUUGCUCAGCGCUGGUUUGGUUCCUCUGCCGGUUUUCUGUAAAGCAGGAACCAUUCAGCCAAGGAGACGAUAUCAUCCACACCUUCUGGGUUCUAGAGCAGCUCAGUGUUUCCGUGGCAACACUUCCUGUUUACAGGAAACCUUCCCUCCUCCUUAAUGAACUAACCCGCCGUUCUCCCAGGGCUCAGUCCUUCUACACAUCCUUCUCUCUUCUGAAGCAGGAUCAUUAUGGAAUUCUAGUUGUUUAAGUUAAAACUGGCAUUUUUACAAGAAUAAACAUGUAAAUCUAUGAGUAAAAACACUCAAAUUUACCAGAUUAUAAAUGCAAAUUUAACAGGAAACA